AUGUCUCAAGCUGAAGUCGAUGACACACUGAAACGUAUCCAAGAACAUAAGGGUGUUCAAGGUUUUUUAAUUAUAAAUAAUGAUGGCAUACCAAUUCGAUCAAGUCUCGAUAGUACAUUAACUCAACAAUAUGCAGCAUUGAUAAAAUCUUUAUCAGAUAAAGCUCGGUCAGCAAUUCGUGAUAUUGAUCCAACCAAUGAACUAGUUUUCUUUCGAAUGCGAACAAAAAAACAUGAAAUUCUCGUUGCACCUGACAAAGAAUAUACAAUGAUCGUUUUACAGGCUACUGAUGCUUCUUAA